CCAUUGGUUUCUCCGUACUUGAUAUUCAUGUGAACUUGUUUGUGAUUGUGUUAGAUAAAUAGGUGUAUAAAAGGAUUAUCGUGUAAGCAUUGUUAUAUUGUGCGAAUAAACAGCCAUGAAGUGGUCGUCUUUUGUUUUUGGGAUUGCGCUAACUCUCGCUAAUGCAGAGAGAGUUCGAAGAUAUAGCGGAGGCGGCGGCGGUGGCGGGGGCGGUGGCUUCGGCUUUGGAGGCGGAUUUGGAGCCGGCGGAGGUGGUGGCGGCGGGGGUGGCUUUGGGGGCGGUGGGGGACUAGGUUUAGAGGCCGGAUUGGGCGCAAUAAAACAAGGUGUCCAUAGCAUCAUUGAUAAGGCUGCAAGUUUCGGAAAAGGAGGAGGCUUUGGAUUUGGUGGGGGAUUAGGCGGUGGAUCUGGCCUCGGAGGUGGAUCUGGCCUUGGAGGUGGAUCUGGCCUCGGAGGUGGCUUUGGUGGAGGAAAAGGAACAGAGAAGUUUAUACAAACGAGUUCAUCCGAUGGAAAAUCUGGAGGGUUCGCUUUUACUGGAACACUUGAAAAUGGGGGCUACGGAGGAGGUGGUGGCUACAGCAACGGCGGAGAAGCAGGUUAUGGUGGCGGUGCUGGAGGUGGUUUAGGAUCCGGCGGAAACGGAAAUGGCGGAUUCGGGGGUCCCAGUGGAAGCGCUGGAGGUGGCCUUGGAGGUGGAAACGGUGGAUCUGGAAGUGGAGGCUAUGGAGGUGGAAAUGGUCUCGGUGGUGGGGCUGGAGGUGGAUUUGGAGGGGGUUUUGGCGGAGGACUAGGGGGUGGUAAAGGAUCUGGUGGUUCUGGCAACUAUGGGGGCGCUGGACCAAGUAACGGAGGUUCAAGUGGAAAUGGCUUUGGAGGUGGAUCUGGUGGAGGUCUUGGCGGUGGUGCUGGAGGUGGAUCCGGAAGUGGUAUCGGUGGUGGUGUCAGUGGAGGUCAUGGUGGAUCUGGUGGCCUCGGCGGCGGCUUAGGGAUAUCAGGCGGAUUUGGAGCUGGUCUGGGCAGUGGAGUAGGAGGUGGUAAAGGCUAUGGUGGUUCAGGCGGCGGUGCAGGAAGCGGUGCUGGAGGUGGUGCUGGAGGCGGUCUUGGAGGUGGAUCUGGAGGUGGAUUAGGAGGCUCCGGUGGUCAUGGAAACGGCUUUGGAGGAGGACCUGGUGCUUCGGGGGGUAACGGAGGUGGUUUUGCAGGAUCAGGGGGUGGUCUUGGAGGUGGAUUAGGAGGUUCCGGUGGUCAUGGAAACGGCUUCGGAGGAGGAUCUGGUGCUUCGGGAGGUAAUGGAGGUGGUUAUGGAGGAUCAGGAGGUGGUCUUGGAGGUGGAUUAGGAGGUUCCGGUGGUCAUGGAAACGGCUUCGGAGGAGGAUCUGGUGCUUCGGGAGGUAAUGGAGGUGGUUAUGGAGGAUCAGGAGGUGGUCUUGGAGGUGGAUUAGGAGGUGGUUACGGUGGCGGCUUGGGAGGAGGUAGCGGUCAUGGAGGAUCUGGAGCUCACGGCGGUAAUGGCAACGGAGGUAGUUCUGGGGGAUAUGGUGGAAAUGGAUCUGGAUCAGGCAGCAAAGGUUGUUCUGGCGGAUGUGGUGGUUGUGGCAGUGGGUCUUGUGGUGGUCAGGGGUCUGCCUAUGCCAGCGCUUCGGCAACUGCAAGUGCUAGUGCCCACGCUGGUGGAUAUGGAAAAUAGAGUCAUAAAAGACAAAGAAAAUUAUUUUCCAUAUCAAACCCAUUUAGGCAUCGUGUUUAUCAAAUUUAUUAAUAAGUUAUUUUAAGGAGCAAUGCCAUAACUUUGAUUAUGUAUUAUAAAAAAAUAAUUGUUU